UCCAGCAUUGCAGAUCAGAUACUCUGAAGACUUAGACUGAGACUCUGACACCAACAUGUUGUUGUUGUUCCUCUGCUUGUUUGUUCUCACUCUGGGUGCUGUGUCUCCAUCAGAUGUCCAUCCAGUGAAGCUACAGCGCGGCAACUGUCCCAUGUUCUGGUACAGCUUCAACGGCCGCUGCUACAAAUACAUCGCAACACGUAUGACCUGGGCUGAUGCAGAACUCCACUGUGUGUCAGAGGGAGCCAACCUGGUGGUUAUCCACAGUCUGGAAGAACAUAACUUUGUCAAUUCCCUGAUCAAGAACUUUGACCCUGCCCAAGGAUUUACCUGGAUUGGACUCAGCGACACUCAGAAAGAAGGAGGCUGGAUGUGGUCUGAUGGGUCUGCAGUUGACUUUGUCCAUUGGGAUGCAGGACAGCCAGACAACGCUGGAGGAAUUGAACACUGUGGACACACAAACCUUGGCACAAAUUUUAAAUGGAAUGAUUUUCCGUGUUCUCAUCAACAUACUUUUGUUUGUGAAAACCGCUCAGUUUGUCUUUAGCAAACAAGAGUUUUUUUUCUGAUUCAACUCAGGGACUGAAAGAUAAAGAUAAAAAUGUGCAUGUGUAUGUAUACAGAAAUAAUUUCAUUAGCUUUAAUUUUCAAAUGUCAAAUAAAUGUCUCAAAUUUUUCUUUUUUCUUCAAUGAGCCAUAGAAAAUGUUAUACAUUUAGAAGAAAAGGUCAUUUAACUGUUCAGAAUAACGAAUAGAAAAAAUGCUA